AUCUUUUUGUCUUCGGGCUCACAUAAAACAUUUCCGAUGUGUUGGAAUUGUUCAUCAACGCACGACUGAACUUGAUACAUGACAAUUAUUAAUGUUUUAUUAUUGUUAAAACAGCCGCCCAAAAGACACGUCAUACGUGCAGCGUCGACUGUCCAGGACUACAAUUCCCUCAAUGCAUUUCGCGGGCGUACCCGGAAAUAGAGCUAGAGCAGCCAUGUUACGACCGAAGGCUUUGACGCAGGUGCUGAGCCAAGCGAACACAAACGGAGUCCAGAGCACACUAUUGCUAAACAACGAAGGCUCUCUUCUGGCCUACUCGGGCUACGGGGACACGGACGCUCGCGUCACCGCCGCUAUCGCCAGCAACAUUUGGGCGGCCUACGACAAGAACGGCCACCAGGCCUUCAACGAGGACAAACUCAAAUUCAUACUCAUGGAUUGCAUGGAGGGAAGAGUGGCCAUCACGCGAGUGGCCAACCUGCUCCUGUGCAUGUAUGCCAAAGAGACUGUGGGCUUUGGAAUGCUCAAAGCUAAGGCCGAGGCUCUGGUACAGUACCUGGAAGAACCAUUGACCCAAGUAGCCGCAUCCUAGUGGGAAUGGGGCCAUGCAGGCCCAUCUUUUGUGUGGCUUUGAACUCAUGACUGCAAGUCUCUUUUUUUUUUUUUUUUUUAUUUAAUCUGCUUAUAAUGGUAUUGAUGCCAUUAGCAAUCAUUUUGUCUGUUUGUUUAGUUAUACUUAAUGCUCAAUUCUGUUAAGACAGUAAGGAAGGUCCAUCAAACCAUUAAUAUGGAUUUCUAAAGUGCUGUUAAAUGCAGUUAAUUUUGAAUGUUAUGCUUUAGUUCAAAUAUGUACAAUAAAAAAAUUCUGAUUAUA